UUUCUAAUCCGGUCUUGUUGACCCUCCAUUUUGAAUUUGCUGCAACUGGUGUAGGAUGGGAAAUAGCUCAGAUGUGGCUCAUGGCAAUGAACAUUGAAGUUUGAAGGGCUUGCCAUAAGAGACUGCAUCUAGCAGCACAAGAAAGUCCAGGGCUACCUAGGUGCAGGAAACACAUGCCAUUAACAAGGAUCGAAGCGUCACUCUGAGCUGGGAAAGUCAUGUUGUUAAGUUUCAUCAUCGUCGCCAUGAAGUACAGCGUAAGAACAAUUGGCAAAUCGAUUUGUGCAGCAUCCGAACUUAAGAGAGCUCAAAGCAUCGGCCUUCGAAUUGGGUUCUCUACUUCUGCCAAUCACGGAACUUCAUCCGCAGGGCUGCAACGAAAAUCCAAUGAUGGAAAGAGCGUGAUUGUGACGGGGUCGAGCAGAGGCAUAGGAAAGAGUAUAGCGUUACGUCUAGCGGCGGAUGGGUAUAACGUCUGUAUCAACGACAUUAGCGCCAAUUCCAAAGGCUGCGAUGAAGUCGUGAGAGAAAUCGAGUCCAUGGGUCGUAAAGCAUGUUCCGCUAUUGCGGAUGUAACGAAGCGGGAUGAGGUUGCUGGCAUGAUUCAAACCAGUGUCAAGCAGCUCGGUCCGCUUAGCACCAUGAUUGCAAAUGCUGGAAUCGCACAAGUCAAAAGCUUGUUGGAUCUGACAGAGCAAGACUUUGAACGCAUAUUCGCAGUCAAUGUAUUUGGAGUUCAGAAUUGCUAUGCCGAAGCUGCUAAGCAGAUGAUUACUCAGGGCAACUGCACCUCCGAACGUCCUGGCAAGAUCAUCGGAGCGGCCUCGAUCGUGGCCUUCAAGCCCUUUCCCUUACUAUCUCAUUACAGCGCGACCAAAUGGGCAGUCAGGGGCUUGACGCAAGCAUACGCUAUGGAACUUGCGGAGCAUAACAUAACGGUAAAUGCUUAUGCACCCGGCAUAGUCGGAACAGCAAUGUGGGAUCUGAUUGACGAAGGACUGGCGAAGAAGAAAGGCACAGAACGGGGGUCGAUGAUCAAAAAAUAUGUGACGGAAUUGACCGCCUUAGGGCGUGUAAGUGUACCUGAGGACGUGGCUAAGCAUGUUAGCUUUUUGGCAAGUAGUGAUAGUGAUUUCGUGACCGGACAGACGCAGAUUGUUGAUGGAGGAAUCAUUUAUACCUAAUUAGACUAGUGGAACAUGACGUAAGCCGUCGCAAAACCGCCAACAUGAAAGAAUAAUGGUUGGCAAUCUGAUAU